UCUUGUAUUGGACAGAAAUUAUUACAUCAUAAACAACAUUUAUUCUGUAGUAUUGUUCUAGUUUCUAUUCUGAAUAAUUCUGGAUAAUGGGACUAAAAAUUUUUCGAUGGAAAAUAUUAUUGAUUAUUGUAUCAGUUCUACUUCUAUGGCAAUCUUCAAAAGUAUGGUUGAGUUUCACGCACGACAAAUCAGGCAUAGAAGCACAGCUUCAGGACAAGCAGCUAAUAACAUUAAGCCAGAAAGAUGAUGAAAUUAAGGAAAAGGUGCACAUAGCUGUAUAUUAUGAGGCAUUAUGUUCAGAUUCACGCAGUUUCUUCAUAAAACAGCUGUUACCAAUGUAUCAAAAAAUUCCAGAUAAUGUACAAAUGGAGUUUAUACCAUAUGGAAAAGCUAUGACUAUGAAAACAGAGAAUGGCUAUGAAUUUAUGUGCCAACAUGGACAUAUUGAAUGUGGAGCAAAUAUUAUUCAUGCUUGUUCCAUAGAUAUCUUAAAGAAUUCUUCCAUUCAAUUAAGAUAUUUAUCUUGUAUGAUUAAAAAUAACAUAGUACCAGUGAAUAUCAUGGAAGUUUGUGCAAAAGAAAUGAACAUAGAUUAUAAUCCUAUUUUUAAGUGUUUCAUUGAAAAAAAAGGCAAAGAACUUUUGGCUAAAUAUGGAGAAUUAACAAAUGCUUUAACACCAAAAAUUUCUUUCAUACCAACCGUUGUAUUAAAUGGGAGUUCUGAGAAACAGGCAAGGAUAUUAAAAAAUUUACUGCAAGAAGUGUGCCUACAUUUCAAAAUUAUGCCAGAAGGUUGUAUAUUGUAA